AUGAACCGCAUCCGUGGCGAGGGCAGGAGGGAGUACGGCGACAUCGACCGCGAGGAGUGGAACAUGAGGAGGAGGAGCCGCGGCGAGGAGGACAUGGGGCUCGAGGAGAAGCUGCACGUGGUGUGCGUGGACGACCUGAAGGAGUCGAGGCGCGCCCUGCGCUUCGCCCUCAAGAACGUGCCGCGCAACCACCGCCUCCUGCUGGUCCACGGCAAGUACGAGGGGCGCAUCGGAGGCGAACGCGCCAUGCCCGAGGAGAUCCGCUCCCGCUUCCUGCGCAUGUGUAAGGAAGAAGGCAUGAAGUGCGAGUUCAAGAUCUUCGACUACGGUUCCAACCGCGAGUUCGGCGACAAGGUGUGCAGGCUGGCCGAGAGGAACAACGCCAAGAGCGUGAUCAUCGGCAAGAGGGAGGACGUGUCGGACACCAGGCGCGCCAUCAUCGGCUCGUCGUCGCAGAGCGUGCUCUCGUCGUGCGGCAUGCCGGUGACCAUCGUCCAGUCCGAGGGCCGCGAGAGCUCGUGGAUGUAA